UCCACUCUUUCGCACACCGUGUGCUGUGCUGGUUCGCGCAGCAUACGCUCUACUGAUACUUACACAGUAGGCUUUGUUGAGACGAGUUUCUUGCCCUACUCUUCGACCACUGUCAUUCCCCGAUCCUGUCACCAUGUCUUCUACCAAUGACGCCGUCUUCUAUCGGCGGAACAAGCAGAUCCAGGAUGCCAUUGACGGACAAAACCUGAAGCAAGCCCUGCAAUUGAUUGAGAAGCGUAUCAAGAAAGGCGAAGAUACACCGUUCCUCAAGGCAUGGAAGGCGUAUGUCCUUUACCGGCAUGCCGACGAAACCCAUCGCAACCGCGGGAUCGCCGAGACCCUCGAAUUGUGUAAAGCCGAGCCUCCUACAACGGAUCUGGAGACUCUCGACAUCCUCCACGAGACACUGGAGAAGCUUAGCGACCAUGAGGGGACUUUGAGGAGCCUUUGGGAGAGGGCGUCAAAGGCUAGUCCCAAGGACGUGGACAUUCAGAUGCGGUGGUUCGAGUAUGCUUUCGAAGGUGACGAUUGGAAGUCGGCGCAAAAGGCUGCUAUGUCUCUCCAGAGCAACUUUCCCAAGACCAGGAAGUACUAUUUCUGGGCUAUCUUCCUCUGCUACCUGAUCUCCGUUGAUGCUUGUGCCUCGGAGGCUGAACGUAAACUUUUUGGAACCCUAGCCUAUCGCAUGAUCUCCAAAGCGGCCGAGAGCGUUCCCCAAGAUCCGAAGGAAUUGCUGAGCCCUCCCAGAGCUAUUCAAUCGGCCGAGGAGCUAUUGUUGCUUGUUAAGAUCUUCGAAUCUCAGGAGCGCCAUGCAGAAAUCGUCAAGAUCCUCGACAGUGACAGUUUGGGGUUGAACUCGCGUGUCGUGCAGAAUGAUUGGUCAUUUAUUGGAGUGAAGCUGUCCAGUCUCGAAAAGGCUCAGAUGUGGACAGAAGGUCUGGAAUAUGCAAAGAGCCUGCUCGCGAUCCCAAGCAACGAGGAAGAAACGAAGGCCCUUCAAGAACGCGAUGACUGGGCGGUUUGGCACUUGCUCCUCACCUCAACUCAGCAGAUCAACUCUCCAGAGACUACUACCGCAACGCAAGACUUCAUCCGCGAUUUUGUGGCGUCUGUGCCCAAGUCUCGCAAUGCGCACUUGGCUCGGCUUGACAUGGUGCACUGGAGUUUCCAAUCUGAUAGCUCAAAGGCCGAGGAAUUGGUUGCCGCCUGUAAACAGUACUUCGAUCUCAACAAGCACAAGCUGUACUGUUUUGGUGACCUGCGGACCUAUGUGGCCUCGCUCGAUCAAGCUUCCAAGACCGAUGUUGUGAUUUAUACGUUGGAAGGACAGAACGAGAAGACUGAUGGAGUUUCUGCGAAGGGCGUCGCGAAGAUCAACGCGCUCAAACUUGAGUAUUGUUUCUGUCUUUCGGCCAACGAGGAGAACGUGUCUAAGCCCCAGGUUGAAGAUUUCGUCGUGCGUUGUCUGCAGGUCUAUCGUGAGGUCCAGCGCCCCGCAAAAAGCUCGGCUCCUACCACUAUUGAAAGCCAGCCGAGCGAUGACUUAUGUAUCCUAGCGGCCAUGAGCCUGAUGCGCUUCAGCGAACCGCGCACCUCUGAUACUGACCAACAAAUCUCGGACACCGUUCUCAUUCGCGCAGCAGCAAUCCUGGAACGCCUCCUUGUCGACUCCCCGCACAACUACCAGGCUCUACUGCUUAUUGUUAGGAUCUAUUUGCGCCUGGGUGCAGGAUCCCUUGCACUGAGCAGCUUCAGUAAACUUUCAGUGAAGCAGCUGCAGUUCGAAACCGUUGCACACAAUCUCUUCACCCGUCUGGCAACAAUUCACCCACACUCCGCCCCACCAGUCGAGGGAGCCGAAUAUAAAGACUUCAACCCACAGUCCGCUUUCGUGCAGGCCCUGAACUUCUUUCGGUCAGCAGAUCUCACAUCUACCAGACAUCGCACUAGAGGCCUAGACUACGGCAGCUAUGUGAAUAUAGAAGGUACCAUCGAGUUGCAAAAGCGUCUGAAGCAGAGCAUCUGCCGCAGAAUGUGGGCGCUAGACGUCAUGCGCAUACAGAGACUGGCUGGUGGAGAUCCCAUGGGCCGAUUCGAAGAAAUGGCUAGAGAUGAGUCGCCCUUAAUCGACCAACGUGUCUUUGAUGCAUUCAUGAACUGUGAAGCACCCGGCAAGCCUACAUUCGAGGAGCGUAUGCGCUUGGGGCCUCUGCCUAGUAACGGUUGGAUCAAAUCCAUGAAGGCGACGAACCAACUUUUCAGAACUCUCAAGUCCCUGGCGAGCCAAAAGCCAGUGACCAUUGAGCCCCAGCUCCCAAGCCUCGAGGGCAUCCUGGGGGACAAUGCGAAAUCGGAGUUGACCCCGUCGGAAACUGAAAGCGCUAAAACGAACCUUAGCCUUUUGACGCUUGCCUUGUCCUUGAGCGGUUCUAAAGCUGUCACUGCUGAUCAGUUAGACGCAUGUCUUGCUCAGGUUGAAUCAUGGCUAGACUCUAGGGCCCAAGAACUCGAUGAGGGUGAUGCGAAGGUAUCGCCGGUCAUUUCGAAAACAGCGCUUUUUCUUACGCCGGAAACACCCAUUGCACCGACAUGGAAAUACUUCCAUGAUCAGUACAUGGCCCUAGAGUCACUGAAGGCUCUGUCUCUUUUCGCCACAGUGGCCACGAGGAAGGGAUCCAAGAACGUCAAAAUAAGUCGUGAAAGAGUCGACAAACUGGCUGAGAAGACACGCCAAGUCUUCCAGAGUAUUAGGGCUAGCGGUCGUACCCUCAAGUCUCACGUCUCGGCUUCGGGUGGACUGGGCUCGUUGAUCGACCUGGUCCUCGCUGGUACCGGCAACGGGCCGGAAGGCAGUAAGCUCUCCUCGGAGUUGGACAAGACAUUUGACAUGUCUCAACUGGAGGUCUUCUGCGGUGAGCUCAUGGAGAGCUGGGAGGAAGGGCUGAACGGCCUACUUGCCGUGACUUUGUGAAAGCUCAAUAGCCUCCAGUUCCUCCCGACGCAAGAAUAGAACGGCAACCGCCGAACAUUAUUAUAUAGUGCUUCGUCGAACCUAUCUCUACAGACAAG